CGCGGGAAAAGAGGCGUGUGGGAAGAGAGGCGCAGAGUCUUCUGGGAAGUGUAGUUCGGGCCGCGCAGCGAUGGCUUCAUGGUGGGAGUUGAGGUUCUGGGAAGCUGCAGAGGCCUGAAAAGAGGUUGCAACAGUGACUUUAAAUGUCUAUAUCUCAGCACAGGAAACAUCUGCUUAGUGAGUGAUUUACCCAUUUAGGACCUGGCUAGAUCCUGUGGAUAAUCCUGUGAAUUGCUGAGACUCAACAGCUGAAGUUUUUCCUCUCUCGACAUUUGUAACAGCCCAUAGCUCCCUGGGUCUGACUCCUGUUGCUGAUUUCAGUAUGCUGCGACGAAAACCAACACGUCUGGAGCUCAAGCUCGAUGACAUUGAAGAGUUUGAGAGCAUUCGGAAGGACCUGGAGACCCGUAAGAAACAGAAGGAAGAUGUAGAAGGUGUAGGAACCAGUGAUGGAGAAGGAGGGGCUGCUGCGCUCAGCAGUGACCCCAAGAGCCGGGAACAAAUGAUAAAUGAUCGAAUUGGUUAUAAACCCCAACCUAAGCCCAACAACCGCACAUCCCAGUUUGGAAACUUUGAGUUUUAGAGAUGGAUUCUCUGGCAUACCAGACCCCUGGAAUGGAAUAAAAUGAUGGCGAAAAUAUAGAACAGAUUUAGAGAAUUAAGUGUGUAAAACCAAGCAGAAUGUUUUCUGUCUCCUGCAGGGAGAAAUAAUGUCUGCGUGAAAUUACUGCUGUUCAACUUUUUUGAUAAGCUAGAAGCCAAAUUCUGGCUGUUUCUGGAAAAUUGGACUGUGGAAAGCUUACCUGAUUUUUGUUUUUAAAAUUAAAUAUAUUUUUGGAAAAAAAUGUGAGACAUCCUUAAAAGUAGUAGCAAUGAAGUCCCCCGCUCUGAGAGGUAAUCGCCAUCAGAGGUGAUGUCCUUGUCUUUACAAAAGGACCCCAAACCCGGACACUUGGAGGUGAUGCCUGGACUUUCACUUCACUUGUUUAUUCAGUAUUUGGUGACUGCCAACCAUCCUGCAAGCAACAGAGAUCCCAGCUGAGUGUGCUCAUGGCUGUAACCCGUACUUGGAAGCCGAGGUAGUCUCAUGAGUUGAAGGCUAGUCUGGGCUACAGAAUAAAGUCUUGUCUCAAAAUGUAAAAAAACAAAAACAAAAACAAAACAAAAACCAAACCAAGACAAAGACCCCUACCCUCAUGGAGAUUGGAUUCUAACAAACAAAUUGUCUGAGUCAAAUCCACUUACAAAGGUUUUAUACAGUGAGGGAAACACGAGCAUUCCCAACAGUACGAGAGGUACUGUAAUCCUUCUUCCCUUGGAACUCGCCUAAGAAUUCUUGCAGCAGGAAUCCAUCUGAAUUCUGGAUAUUUUUGCACCAUGCCCCAUUUUACUAUAAAAUUCAGGGACAGAACCACCAGCUGUGGAAGCCAGAACACCUGGAAUCAAGUUUCAAAGAGACUCCUUAGCUGGGUUUUACCCAGGCUUCUGGAUAGUUCGUGAGUGAUGUAUACGGGAAGGUAGAGAUAAAGGGGAGUGUGUAGUUUCCUCUUCCUGCUCCAUGCUUUUUUUUUUUUUAAACAAAACUUUUAUUCCAGUUUUAUUAAUGACCCCUAAGCCCUGUUAUCUUACUGUCUUAAAAAACAAUAAAACCCGAGACACAGGCUGUA